AAACUUUUGUAUAUUUUUUGUUAUUUUGCAAAUAUUCUUCAAGAAGUUUUACUUUUUAAUUCAUAGCUUAGUAGGAAUUUGUUUUUAAAAUAGCUGAAAAACUUGUAUAAAUAGGAUUAUAUAAUUUAAAUUUUUAUAUUUUUAAAUUAUAUAAGUCAUCAUGAUAAAUCGCAACACAUCUGCAGGAACAAAUAAUUAACCUAAGCUUACCAUUUAAACUGAUUCUUCUAAAAUUUAGUAAAGUAAUUUGAAGAGUAAUGAUGCAAACUAAAAAAUGAAAUAAGCAAAAGCAAAUAAUUUAAUAAUUAACACUCCGUUAAUGGGAAAUAAUUCAAAUUUACUUGGGUCAUAAACUGUCAAAAAUUUAAGAAUGAACAAUUUAAUUUCCCCUUCAAGUUAAAUGCUUACAUAAAAUCCUUUCUUGAAUUCUCAAUAUAGACAGAGUCAGUAAAUAGAUAAUAGUAUUUAAGCAUAAAUUAUGGGAUAAGGAUAAUUAGGAAUAUAAAAAAAUGAGCUUUUUCAAUUAAAAAAGGAUUCUUUACAAAGACCUUCAACAGCUGCCGCAGCUGCUGCUCAAUUAGCUGGAAAAAGCAUAAACAGAAAAUAGAUGGUGAGCAUAACAAAUAAUUACUAAUAAUAUUUGAUGCAGAUAUCACCAGAUAUCAACUAAGAAAAAUAAGAUCAAAUGCAACUUGAUAAUUAAUUAGUGGAAUAAGAUGGAGAAAGAUUUAAGACUAAAAGGCCUUAAACUGCUUUUUCAAAUUUAAAGGGGAUUUCUUCUUCAAUUUCUUCUGAGUUUUUACAAGACAUUGAAUAAAAGAUGCAUUUUGUAUAAAUAUACAAAGACAGUCUCAACUCUGCAUUAUAAGGUAUCUAAACUGAUGAUAAAGCAAAAAUAAUUGAAGUAGAAGAACCAAUAAAAUAAGAAAUGAAACUAGAAUAUGGAGUUUAUAAACUUGAUAUGCCGUAAUAGGUUAUUGAAUUAGAAAAAUAUGGAUUUAAAUACUUCAAGAUAUACAUAAAAAAUAAAAAUUAGCCCCUCUUUAUAUAAUUAAGCUAGAUAGAUUCCUUUAAGAGAAACUCAUUAAAAAUUUUCUUAUCAACAGAAAAUUAGAAUCCAAACAUCUUCAACAGCAACUUGAUCUUUGAAAAUAGAUAUGUAAUAAGAUUCUCUGAGCCUUCCAAAACGAACUAUUUUAAUUCAUAGUACCUCUUCGUCUCUUUUAAUACAGAUACAGAUUUAAAAUUGCUGCUUAGAAUAAAAUUUGGAACUGCUGAUUUCUAGAUGACUAAAUCACCUAAUAUUGUUAGAGCUUAACCAGAUUUACAAUAUUCAAAUAGUUUUGCAAAAAAAGUAAAAAAUGAAUAGAAACCUCCACUACAGCUAAUGGAUGAUCGAACUCUUUAAGAAGAAAUAAAUGAGAUAAUGAAUAGGAGAAAAAUGAAAUUUUUAAACUGCUCUUAAGGUUUAGAAUACCUUAAGCAUAAUAAGAAGGUUCUAAGGAUUAAUAAAGAUGUUAAAUUGCAACAAGAAUUAGAAAAGCGCUUCAACAACAAUAUGAAAAUUCUAAAUGUUCUAGAAAAUAAAAGAUAUCAAGACAGCGAGAAAAAGGAAACACUAGUCAGGAAAAUAGAUGAUCAAGAAAAAAGAAGGCUGCUGUCUCAAAUAAAUCGGAUAGGAAAUUAAUUAGAUGAGGUCUUAAAGAAGUUUUAAACUAUUUGGCUAUAGGUAUUUUCUUUGGUUUCUUUAGCGGCUAAGCUAAAGCAGAUUAUUCAUAUAGAGACUGUUAAACGAGCAUAAAUCAGUUAUGUUAAAAUGAGGAAAAGAAGAGUUAUUCAUGCACUCAUUAGCUUCUUAAAGAAGUCAGGAGAAAAUAAAUUUCAAAGAACUCUUUAUUAAUGGAAAAUUUGCUCUUAACUAUUUACUAAAGCUGUCUAAGUAAAGACUAAAAAGAAAGCCCAAUCUAUUGUAGUCAAAUUCUUUUUAAAUUUCAAAGAACUGAGCAUAUUAUCAAGCAAGCUGAUAGAGUUAAAUCUCAGAGUAAUCAAAUUUUAGAACAAAUUCUCAAGCUUCAGGCGCAGAAAAAUAAAAUACAAAGAAGAAAUUAAGAGAUAUUGGAGUAAUUAAAACGAUUACCUAACUCAAUAAGUUUUGUAUGAUAUGAUAAAUAGUAAUAAACAAACGAAUAAUUUAAACAUCGAAAAUUUUUUGAAAAGUGAAAUGAAAAAGGCUCAGAAAUCUGGAGGAAUAAAGCUCGAUUUCAAACUUCAAGAUGAAAUAGUUAAUAUGUUCAUUAAAGAACGUAUAAAUUCAUGGAGACGUGAGUUCAACUAAUUCAAAAGAGCAAACUUUUAGCUAUUCAAUCUAAAAAAGCUUAUUUAGUAAGAAAAAGACAACAAAGAAAAUGGUAAAACAGGAUAGUAACAAAUUUAAAAGCAACAAUAAAAUUAAUUAAGUCCUAGUGAGAGUCUAGCGGACCUUUUUGCAGACCCACCAAAACUGUUUGUAAAACCGAACGAAACCUAAUUAAAAAAUAUGGUAAAAUAAUACAUGGCAGCAAAAAAGCAGUCAGCGGAAAGUUAAUAAUAAAAAUGAUUUGAUCUUUAAAGUGGAAGUAAUUAAUUAGACCGUUACUUAUUUAAAAAACUGUAUAGCUAAUUAUCAUGACAUAUUUUGAAUCAAAGUAUAAAUUUAUAAAUUGAAUAUAACCUAUCUCUCUUUGUUAAUAAUUAAAAUGACAUAGAUUACUAAUUUAAAAACUGAGAAGACACAAAUUCACAAUUAUUACCUUUUUCAUAGAAAUAAUUAAAACAAUAUAAUAAAAAUACCCUUCAGUAAGCCUGAAUAUUUAUAAAGCGCUUCUUUAAUUAUGAAAAAAAAAGAAUGCAGGAAAUUUUUCUUAAAAUUUAUUAAAAAAUUUUUUUCCCAAUAUUUAAUAAAUGAAUGAAUGAAUGA